AUGCUUUUAACAAAUGUAAGAUUUUUAAGCAAAUGUAUGAAAAUAAAAAUAGCCAAGAGAAAAAGCUGGGUGAAAAGAAAUAAAAAAUGGAUGUUGCCAAAAGUGGAAAAUUCUUAUUUAAAACAAGAACAAGAUUUUACUGUUCCUCAUAAAGUUAUUUCCACAUGUUUAAAUAAAGAAUAUGAAAAAAAUAAUACAAAAGAUAAUUUAAAAUGCGAAGAAGAUGAUGAUAAUAAUAAAUACUUUAAGAAUAUACUUAAAGAACUACAUAAUAAUAAUAAUAAAAGAAAUGGAAAUUUAUUAAAACCACAUGAAUAUAAAAAAUUAUUGAAUAAAGACAAAUAUAAACAAAAUGAUGAUAAAUUAAAUUUAAAAGAUUUAUUAAAAAAAGGAACUAAGCCAAUAAAUUUAAAUAUGGAAAGUAUUGAUCAUUUAAAAGAAGAAAAAGAUAAAGAAAAGAAAAAAAAAGAUAUAGACACUUUUUGGUAUAUGCCUAAUCCUUUUGAAAAAAAAGGUGUUUAUGGAAUGAAAGAAAAUUCUUUUUAUAAAUCUUUUUUAAAAGAUAGAGAAAGGAGUCUAGAUAAAAUUAAUGAAAAACAAUUAAAUAAAAAUGAUCAACAAUUAUUAAAACAAUUAAAAAAAUAUAAUAAUAAUCAUAAUAUAAAUAAUGAAUUAUUAGAAAAUAGUAUAUCCAUAAAUGAUAACCAAAAUAAAGAAAAAAAAAUUAGAAUUCCUCCUAGGAAAUAUUGGUAUGAUAAUAAUUAUUCGACACCUGAUACUAAUACAAUCAAUACUGUUAAAGCUAGAGAUUUAAGAUUUCUAAUGAUGAAUGAGGCAAGACUAGUUAGGAAAGGAAAAAAUAUUGAUGUCGAAUUAUGGUUAUGUUUUAUGAAUAGAGUCAUACAAUUAUCACCCAUAGUACAUGUACGUAGUCUUCUUAGAUAUUUACAAACUAUAGCUUCUGUUAAAAUUAUUAACAAAAAAAUGUUAAAUGAUAUAUUUUGUGAAAUAUUUAAAAGAGAAAAUGAUAUGAAACCAAAACAUUAUGUAUAUCUUUUUCAAAGUUGUUCAAGAUUAAAAUGGAAUGAUUUUAAUUUAAUUUAUGCUUUAAAAAAUAUGACCUUAUGCUGGUCCAUCUUAAGAAAUAAUUUCAUCAUAAAAUCAGCUAAUUCUAUAUCCAAAUUAGGAUUAGCAAGUAAUGUGUAUAGUAAAGCUUUGCAAAUAACACUAAAUGAAAGAUUAAAUAAUUUUAGUGGAAGAAAUCUAAAAGCAAUAAAAGCUAUAACCUUUCUAGAAUUUUUUAAUGAAGACAUGAUUAUCAAAUUUAUAUCGCGCGCUACAUUUUACAAAGAAUAUUUUAAUUAUUAUACGCGAAACUUACAAAUGUUAUAUUUAUAUAUUGUAUUAUUUCAUAGUUCUAUAUACAAUAACUUGACUCAGGAACAGAAGUCUUUUUUACAGUAUUAUUCUCAAGAUAGAAAUUUGAAAAAAAUAAAUAAGAAGAAACAUAAGAAAAGGAUGAGAACAUUGUCAAUGGGUGACCAAGUGGGAAAUGAAAAGGGUGAGGCUAAUUUGGGGGGUUACAAUUCAGGUGAUGAUGAUUCAUAUGGUGAUGGUUCAUAUGGUGAUGAUUCAUAUGGUGAUGGUUCAGAUGAUGACGAUUCAGAUGAUGACGAUUCAGAUGAUGACGAUUCAGAUGAUGACAAUUCAGAUGAUGACGAUUCCGAUGAUGACAAUAAAAAUUUUGAUAAUAACAAAAAUGUCAAAAUAGGAAACAAGAUAUGUGGUGGUUAUACCUGUACGUUACAUAAAGAAGUUAGUGAUUUUUUAAACAAGCUAAAUAUAGAACAUCUGAACUCAAUAAAUUGUGGACCGUUUAUGGUUGAUAUAUAUCAUCCUUCAUCAAAUUAUAUAAUAGAAUUGAAUGCUCAUUUUCAAUAUUAUUUCAAUUCAGAAAGUUUAACUACCUUAUCAAAAUGGAGACAUAAGUUUUUAUCACAAAUGGGCUAUAAAGUCAUUCACAUAUCUUAUCGCAUAUGGAAUAACUUACAUAAUGAUGCUCAAAAAAUGGAAUAUAUAUAUAGUGUGUUACCUAAGGUUAUAUUGGAAAGUUCCUCAUAUAAUUCGAAUUUGACCAAAAUGUAG